AUGGCCAAUUCCACUCGUGAACAGCUCCAAGAUGACUUGGCCUUGAAAUCGUCAUCCAGCAGUGAGAGCUUUAGUGACAUUUGCGGAGAUGAAUCCCCGCCGCACAUGGAAGCAAAGGACACAGGACCUGAAUCUACGGACAAUGAUGUUGAAGUGAAUUUGGACAAGUGGGGCCUGCGCCCUACCAAGCAUGGGGAUUGCCGUAAGAUGCCGGCCACUAGACGCAAAUGUUUGGUGGCUUCGUCUUCCAAAGGACGCUCUAAGAAGCUUUCAGCUGAAGAAAACAAGGCCUUCCAAAAGGAAGGAUUGAAAUACACAGCUGCUGCUGCUGAUGCCACGGUCUCCGGUGGAUUGCGAGAUUUGAAUCAGGUGGACCCCCCUGAGUUCUAUCGCCAAAACCGGUUUAGACGCAACCACGCGGUCUUUGUGUCGAAGCCUGGCAAAGGUGAUGCGGUCACACGGGUCAUGGUCACCGCGUUCCAGGUUUCGGAGACCUUGGGCCGCAGCGGGUCGCAUGCCUCCACGGUGUGGACGCGCUGCGAGCGCUUGCUGCGCGAGAAGAGCGACGCUGAGAGCCUGGGCCUGAUUCCGGUGCGUGUCCGGUGCCGAGAGAUCGGUGGGAGGAGAGGGGUCUUGCUGGGAAGCUUGAUGCAUGAGAUCCAGGAGGGCAAGGCGAGGAAGAACAGCAUCGGUGCGGGCACGUCGCGUGUCCGCUCGGUGCUGUUCAAGGCGGUGUGCGAUUGGCUUGCUGUGGCACCCUGCAGCUUGCAACGCCAGGAGCCCGCGAAGCAGGUCCAGGUCGACGGAGACCAUUACGUGGUCGAUGUGAUUUUCGAGCCCGGCGCUCUUUACGAGGAAGGAUCAGGCAAAGCUGGCGAAUACCUGCGGCGCUUGGAGAGCGAGGGGGAGGAUCCCAAUGGCCCACGGCCGCCACGUGGCCGGAGGCCCGGGGCCGCCGCGAUUCCGUCGCUGCAACCGAACCUCGGAGGGCUCAUGCUGCGACCCAGCUGGCACGUGGAGCCCUGGGAGAUCGACUUCGAUCGCCGCGACCGCGCGGGGCGCGGCGGCUUCGGCGAGGUCUUCCAGGGCACCUGGGCGGGGCAGCCGGUGGCGGUCAAGGAGGUGCGAGAUGCCAGCCCCACUGAUGCCGAUGUGUGUGACUUCGUCUUGGAGAUCUCGCUGCUUUCGCGUCUCUCGCACCCGAACAUUGUGCGCUUCUGGCGCGGAUGCGUUGACUUGAGAGGUGGUCAUCGCACCCUUCUGUUGGUCACCGAGUGGAUGGACCGCGGCGUCUUAUCGCAGCUCCUACACGAGUCACAGGAGCCUAGCCUCAGCGUGGCCUCCGCCCAAGUCUUGGCCACGGGCAUCGCCCGCGGGGUGGCCUACUUACACCACGUCAAAAUCUUACACCUCGACCUUAAGUCGCCCAACGUGCCCUGA